AGGGGAGUUUUGUUGGAAGUUGCAAAGUCCUGGAGCCUCCAGAGGGCUGUCGGCGCAGUAGCAGCGAGCAGCAGCGUCCGCGCGCUCCGGCGAGGGGCAGACGAGCUCGAGGGAGCGCGGGGCAGCGGGAGCUAGAGCCGAGCGCGGACCUACCCGGGACCCACCGCCGUCCCCAGGCUGCCCAGUAGAGCCCCAGCCAUGGCACACCAACUCUUAUGCUGCGAAGUGGAGACCAUCCGCCGGGCGUACCCCGAUGCCAACCUACUCAACGACCGGGUGCUGCGGGCCAUGCUCAAGGCGGAGGAGACCUGCGCACCCUCCGUGUCCUACUUCAAGUGUGUGCAGAAGGAGAUCCUGCCGUCCAUGCGGAAGAUCGUGGCCACCUGGAUGCUGGAGGUCUGCGAGGAGCAGAAGUGCGAGGAGGAGGUCUUCCCGCUGGCCAUGAACUACCUGGACCGCUUCCUGUCGCUGGAGCCCGUGAAAAAGAGCCGCCUGCAGCUGCUGGGGGCCACCUGCAUGUUCGUGGCCUCCAAGAUGAAGGAGACUAUCCCCCUGACGGCCGAAAAGCUGUGCAUCUACACUGACAACUCCAUCCGGCCUGACGAGCUUCUGCAAAUGGAGCUGCUCCUGGUGAACAAACUCAAGUGGAACCUGGCCGCGAUGACCCCGCAUGAUUUCAUUGAGCACUUCCUCUCCAAGAUGCCAGUGGCCGAGGAGAGCAGACAGAUCAUCCGGAAGCAUGCGCAGACCUUCGUCGCCCUCUGUGCCACAGAUGUGAAGUUCAUUUCCAACCCGCCCUCCAUGGUGGCAGCCGGGAGUGUGGUGGCCGCCGUGCAGGGCCUGCACCUGGGAAGUUCCAACAGCUUCCUGUCCUACCACCGCCUCACUCGGUUCCUCUCCAAAGUGAUUAAGUGUGAUGCGGACUGUCUCCGGGCGUGCCAGGAGCAGAUCGAAGCCCUGCUGGAGUCCAGCCUGCGCCAGGCCCAGCAGCAGAGCCUGGACCCCAAGGCCGCCGAGGAGGAGGAGGAGGAGGAGGAGGCCGACCUGGCCUGCACGCCCACCGACGUGCGAGACGUGAACAUUUGAGGGGGUGCGCACGCGGCGCGGGAGGGGCCGGCCCGGGUGCUCCCCUGACAGGACCGCGCUCCUCGCCAGGACCGGUCACCACCAGAAGGGAAAAGCUUCCUUCUCCUUUACUGUCGGUUUUUUUCCUUUGCUCUUUUCUCCCUUCCGUCUCUGACUUCAGCAAAAGAAAAAAAAAGUACCCGAAAAAAAACUGUCUUUAAAAAAAAAAAAAAGGAGAGGAAAAAAAAUAGUAUUUGCAUAACCCUGAGCUGGGGGGUGGGGGGAGGUUUGCUACAAAAAUAGAGGACGUGAUACCCCAUAAUCAACUAGGUUUUCUGUGGAUCGUUCGUGUCUCUGUGUUGUAAGGCUAGGCAUUCACACAAGGAACGAGCGUGCAGGGGAGGGUUAGGGUUGAUUCUUUAUGUGUUUAAAACAAAACAAAACAAAACAAAAAAAGCAUAAAAACACUUGAAAAACCAGAAAAAAGCCAGCCAACCAUGUUUGGAGUAGAGGAGGGUUUUUGGUAGAAACGCGUCCCGAGGAGGCGGCCGGAAGGCGGUCCUAGGUAGCCCGCGUGUCGCCUGCCCGCGCAUGUAGUCACUUUAUCAGCCCUUCGCGCGCGUGUUCCUUUAUUCCGUAGGUAGGCGUGUAACCCUUCACCUCCGGGGCUGAUGUAACCGCAGUUAGCGUAGCGUAGAGCUCCGCGUGGUCGCGCGCUGACCCUCUUUCCGCCGGCGGCGCCACGCUCACGGAAGGCCAGCUCCGAUCCCGGCCCGCGCAGCCGGAGCGGCGUCAUAUAUUCUAUUUUUAUAAUCUUCCUAUUUUUGUAGUUGCCUGUUGAUGAGAUAGAUGCUGGUUUCCCACCCCCACAGACCUGCAGCCUGCUCACAUCCAGGUGAAAUCCAUGGCUCCUUUUUUUUUUUUUUUUUUUCCUUCUCAAUAUUCUAGAACCAUUCCAUUUCAAAGCACUUUCAAUCCAGUGGUAUAGGGAAUCUCUCUUGUUUCUGUUGUGUGUGGAGGGCGGGGUGGGGGGGGCAGUUUCUUAAUGGAAUGGUUUGGGAAUAUUCAUGUCCUUGAGUGCAGACAGGAUGGCGAGGCAAGUGCAUGUCACUUAGGGAGUUAGCGGGAGGGGAUGUUCUUGAAGGCGAGCUUCUGGUCAGGAAGUGCGUUCUUACGUCGCCAGGGCGAUGCGUUCCUUUCUCUGUAGAACAGUGGAAGUCCGGGAGUCCUUGGUGCCAGCUGGUGUUCGAAAGCGUAGGGGGCCUUUAAAGGUUGACCUAGAGAACGCGUAGUUUAAGGGUUAGGAAGGUUUUUAAACACUAAAAUAUAUAAUUUAUAGUUAAGGCUAAAAAGAAUAUUUAUUGCAGAGGAUGUCUGUAAGGCCAGUAUGAUUUAUAAAGUAAUGCAAUCUCCCCUGGAUGUACACCCCACAUACUCACACACACGCACUCACACACACACACACACACACACAC